GUUUUAGACUAGUAUCAGUGGUAUUGAUAGAUUUAUAUUUUCUUUUGAUAGGUAUUAGAACCUAUUGAUAUUAUUAUUCAAGAGUUUUUGUUUUACGUUUGUAAGAAUUUUAAAACAUGGUUAUUCCAAUAGUUGUUUUUCAUAGUGGAAUAUGAAAUGAAAAACGCUGCUAUGUGAAUUACAAAUCAACUGGAGUUUUAGUAGAUGAUAUAAUGGUUUUUGAAGAUUUUAUGGGUUUAAUAGUGAAAGAGAUUUGUUUGGAUAUGUCUACUUCUUCUAUAGAACUUUCAAUUUUAUUAGAUUUUGUUAUGAAUGAGGUUCAAAAUGUAGUUCACAUUCAUGAAGGAAGAAUAUAGCUUGAUUUUUGGCUUUAGUUAAGGAACACAAUACACGACAUCCUUUGGUUGCUCAUGUCAGUAGUUCAUGUUUGGAAGUGUCUUCUAAUGUUGUUUCUAGUGGAGCUGGGAAUUAUUUGUCUAUUGUUCCUUCUUCUAACCUGUGAUUGAUGAUGGCAAUUUUCAAGUGAUUAUGGAUAUACAUAUUGUUCGUGAUUUGAAAGAAAAAGAUGUGUUUGCUAGUAAAGAGAUUUUAUCAAAUUAUAUUUACUUGAAAGCAGUUAAGAAGAAUUUUGAAUUUAAGACUAUAACGUCAAAUUCAAGAGCAAUCGUGUUUCGAUGUGUUCAAGAUGGUUGUCAGUGGUAUGUGAGAACAUCCCGUUACAAGCAGAGUGUUUUGUAGAUGCUUAGAAAAUUUAUUAAUAUUCAUGAUUGUUCUAUAAAAAGUAUUCAAACUUGUCAUAGGAAAGCUUCUUCGUCCUUAAUAGCUGAAUGUUUAAGAAAUGAUUUUAGAUUUAGUUAUUCUCAUACCUCAACUCCUAGUGAUAUUGUGAAUAAGGUUAGUAAGAAAUUUGGAGUAACUAUUAGCUAUUAUAAAGCAUGGAGGGCAAAAGAGCAAAUAAUGAAGGCUUUGAAAGGCGAUGCACAUGAAUCAUAUGCUUUGAUUCCAAAGUUUUUGAUGAAGUUAGAAGAAAAGAAUCCAGGUACAUUCACUGCCUAUGAAGCUAACAUAAAUGGCCAUUUUAAGUAUUGUUAUAUGGCUAUUGGUGCAUCAAUUGAGGGUUGGAAGCAUUGUAAGUCUAAUAUAUCGAUUGAUGGGACGUUCUUGAAAUGUAAAUAUGCUGGGACUCUUUUGAUGCCUUCAACAAUUGAUGGUAACAAUCGGAUUUUUCCUCUUGCUUUUAGUAUUGUUGACUCUAAAAAUGAUGCAUCCUGGAGAUGGUUUUUUGAGAAUUUAAAGAAAAGUUUUGGUGAACGAGAAGGAUUAGUCAUUAUUUCUUAUUGGCAUUUUAGCAUUCCGAAAGGUGUUAUGAAUGUUUUUCCAAAUAUUGAGUAUUGUUGUGGUAUAUGUAUGUUAGAAGGAGACUGUCAUAAUCAGAUGGUAAAAGGAAGCAUCUGUUAUGAUGUGUACUCUGUCCUUGUACCUAAUUGUGAAAGGGCUGCAUUGACAGGAAACACGAAUCUGUAUUACUCAAACCGUGACCAUAGAUACGAGAAAGCAACAGAAGCUGAUUGA